CGGAGCGGGGAGAUGGUCUCCAGAGCCGCAGAUCGGCUGCUGAUCGUCGUCUCCGUGCUGGAAGGUCGCUGUUUCCCAAAACGACCCAAGCACGUGCUUGUAGUUGAAGCCCGGUUAGAUGGUGAACAGUUAGCUACUGACCCUGUGGAGCAUACUGACCAGCCAGAAUUUGCUACAGAAUUGGCCUGGGAACUUGAUAGGAAAGCACUUCAUCAGCACAGGCUUCAGCGUACACCUAUCAAACUCCAGUGUUUUGCAUUGGAUCCUGUAUCUUCAACUAAAGAGAAUAUAGGCUAUAUUGUACUGGAUUUAAGGGCUGCACAUGAAAAGAAACAGGCACCUAAAUGGUAUCCUUUGCUUAGUAACAAGUACCCUAAGUUUAAACCUGAAAUACAGAUUGGUGUUACAUUGGAGGCAGAUUCAAAAGCACUAGCUGAUGAUUUUAAAGCAAAGGAGGCACCCCCUAGGGAAGGGAAGGUACUCACCCUUUUUCCUGGACUAGACGCUAAAAGUAUUGUGCCUGUCUUGAAUGAAGAAGAGGGCUAUCAUCAAAUUGGACCAGGAGAGUAUUGCAGAGAUCACUUUGUCUUGUCUGUAACCAUUGCGUUUGCCACGCAGUUGGAACAGUUAGUUCCUAGUACUAUGAAGCUCCCUGAUCGGCAACCUGAAUUUUUUUUCUACUACUCAUUACUGGGAAAUGAUGUCACAAAUGAACCUUUUACUGAUUUAAUUAAUCCGAACUUCGAGCCAGAAAGAGCUUCAGUUCGCAUACGUAGUACAGUAGAAAUUCUUCAAGUUUAUUUUUGUGCGCAGUCAAAAUUGCAGAUCCAUCUUUGCUGUGGGGACCAUUCUCUUGGAAGCACUGAAGUUCCCCUGUCUGGACUACUAAAGAAAGGACGUGUGGAGAUUGACCAACACCCUGUGGCAAUAGAAGGACCAUUUGUUCUUGUUCCACCGAAUAGAGCUAAACAAGAACUGUCACAACUGCCUUUAGAUCUGGCUCCUACAGUUGGGGUAUCUGUAAUUCUUCAAAGGGAGAGCUUGACUACCCAGCCUUUGAUUCCCUUAAAUGCUGCAACUGAACCCAAACUGCCACAGGAGAAAGAACUUUCUCCUGUUAGUGGAAAAGCAGAAAGCCAGCAGCAGACAUCUCAGAAUGUUCCAUCUCAAGCUGACAAGUCUUCUUCAAAAGAAGAUGUAGCAACAGAAAGUGAAGUGGAAAGUCUUAAGUUUGAAAAAGGCACAAAACCAAGGAAAAAGGGGCUGGUGGCUGGCUCCCCUCAAGAGAUUAACAAACAGUCUUUUGAAGAGCUUCCAGCUUUGAAAUCUCAGACCAAAGCAAAAUCACCUCCGUUAGAUCUGCAAAAUCCCACUGAUAGUGGUCUAGUAGCAGUAUCUCAGUCCAACCCUGUGGGUGUGUCCAGUUCUCCUGAGCUUGUGUCAACACAGAAAAUUGUCAUUCCAGCAGCCUCUCACCAUUUUUGCUUUUCAAUAGACUUAAGAAGUAUACGUGGUCUGGAAGUUGGUUUUCCAAUAAAUUGCAUGUUAAGGUACUCAUACCCAUUUUUUGGCAGUGCAGCACCUAUUAUGACAAGUCCACCUGUAGAAGUUAGAAAAAACAUGGAAGUCUUUCUUCCAAAGUCGUAUUGUGCAUUUGACUUUGCAACUAUACCUCAUCAGCUUCAAGAUACAUUCUUCAGAUUGCCUCUGCUGGUUGAAUUGUGGCACAAGGAUAAAACAGCCAAAGACUUACUUCUAGGAGUGGCAAGGCUUCAGCUUUCAAAUGUUUUGGCCUCAGAAAAAAUCCGCUUCUUGGGUGGGAAUGGUGAACAAUGCUGGCGUCAGACUUGUAAUGAAACAGUCAAUUUCACAGCAGCACAAGGGUCAGGCAGCAGAAUAGCAGAACUUUCGUAUGCCAUCACCUUGGAAGACUACGGACUUGUCAAAGUGCAAGAAGUUAUGGUGUCAGAUUCUUCUCAAGAUAUAGGUGCUUGUCAACAACAGCAUGUCCCUCACACUCAGCCUCACCGUGCCCCAGGAGACCAUGCAGGACCUCGAGAAACUCUGGAAUACAAAGCAGCACUGGAGUUAGAAAUGUGGAAGGAAAUGCAAGAGGACAUUUUUGAAAAUCAGCUUAAAAAAAAGGAAAUGGUCCAUAUGCAAGCACUUGCAGAGGAAUGGAAGAAAAGAGAUAGAGAAAGAGAGGCAUUGGUGAAGAAAAAGGUAGCAGAAUAUAAUGUUUUGGAAGAACAACUUCAGAAAACCCUGAGAGAUCUGGANCGACAGCUUUUUAGUGCUGAAUCAGAGCUUCAAAGAGUAAAGAAGGAGCUGCAAGCAGAGCAUGAACGAAAUCUGCAGGUGCUUCAGGAUUCUGUGCGUCGAGCCAGGGAGGAAUGUGCACACCAGCUAGAGCUAGAAAGGUCAAAAAUCAAACAACUGGAAGAAGAUAAGCUUCGGUUACAUCAGCAGCUUUAUGAAGCAGAAAAUAAGCAUAAGACUUUGGAGAAGGAGUUCCAGCAAUACAAAGAACAGCAAAGUAGCAAACCAGAAAUCCAGCUACAAUCAGAAAUAAAUCUUCUCACCUUAGAAAAGGUUGAACUUGAAAGAAAGUUAGAGUCAGCUACCAAGUCAAAGCUCCACUACAAACAACAAUGGACAAGGGCUUUGAAAGAACUUGCAAGGUUAAAACAGCGUGAACAGGAAAAUGCGAUGGCUCACCUUAAAAAGCAGCAGCAAGAGCUGGAGCACAUGAGGUUGCGCUAUUUGGCAGCAGAAGAAAAAGAGCUGGGAAAAACAGACCGACAAGAGCUGGAGGAUAUCAGAAAUGAACUUAACAGGCUAAAGCAACAAGAAGAGAGAAAGAAAUUGCAGGAUGCUAGAGAUAAUUCUGCUGGUAGAGUGGAUAGUCUUCAUUGUAGAAAACUAAAUGACAAUGCAGGUGAUUACCUCUCUCGUCUGAUAGAAGAGAGGGAUACCCUGUUGAGAACAGGAGUCUAUAAUCAUGAAGAUCAUAUUGUAAGUGAACUUGAUCGUCAAAUCAGAGAAGCUAUUGCAAAGAGGAACAUCACCGUUUGAAAGCAUGCAAAAAGUUUUUAGAAUGAGCCAGAAUCUGAACAGAGUGACUUUUAUAAGCCUACAGUACUUUGCAAAUUAUGUAACAUCAUGCUUUGUUUUGCACAUUAUGGUCAGCUCUCCUUGAAGUCAGUGUAAAUAUUUGCAACAUGUCAAGUUAAGCACAGUUGUAAGUUUUAGGGGGGCAAUGACUGUUUUUUAAUGUUUUUAUACUCAUAUGUAUAUAUAU